CACAACUCUAUAUGUCAUGAGGGGAAGUCCGUUGAUGUUAAUUAAUUGUGGUGCUUGACGCAUUGUAAACUAUUUUUCCCACUAUAUCUCCAUGGCUGCUGGCAACGGCACCAUCGGUGAUCAGAGCAGCUGUGAUGUGCUCGUCCACCAGCAAGCCGCCAUGGUUCUCGUCCCAGUUUUCUACUCUCUGGUUUUCAUUUUCAGCUUGUUCGGCAAUGUUUUGGUCCUGGCGGUGAUCUGCCAGGGACGGCAGAAGUUAAACUCUACCGCUGUAUAUCUGCUCAACCUGGCCUUGUCGGACUGCCUGUUCACGCUGACACUACCGGGCAGGAUCGUUUACUACAUCCGCUGCUUUGACUGGCCCUUUGGUGACCUACUCUGCAGGAUUAGCACACUCCUCUUUUUCACCAACACAUAUGCAGGUAUUGGCUUCAUGACCUGCAUCAGUCUGGAUCGCUAUCUGGCUGUGGUACACCCUCAGCGGCUGCACUGCCUGCGUCGGGUCAAGAUGGUCCGCUGGAUCUGUUGCUUGGUUUGGGCUCUAGUGUCCGCUCAGGUUGCUCCUCUGCUGUUCCGCGACAUGCUGCAGCAUCACGAGGGCAGACGGACCUGCAUGGAGUACUUCAACCACAAUAGCUCCCUUUGGAUGCCGUAUUUCCUGAUCUUGGGAUGUGUCAUCUCCUUCUGCUGCCCGCUUGCUGCCAUCCUGGCCUCCUACGUCAGCGUCCACCUGAAGCUGCGGGCGGCAGCCGAGCAGAACCCCGCCUCGAGAAAGAACCAACGAACCAACGUCAUCAUCCUCCUCAUCCUGCUCACCUUCAUUGUGUGCUUCAGCCCGUACCACCUCAACGUGAUGCAGUUCAUGUGCCGAAGUAUUCACCAUGAGGUCUCGUGUGAGGAGCUGAGGGGCUUUAAGUUGUCUUCCCAAAUUACUGUCUUGCUCAUGAACUUCAACUGCUGCUUGGACCCGAUCAUCUACUUCUUCGCCAUGAAGACCCACAAGGAAAUGUUGAGCCUCUUUAAGGACCGCCUGUGCCCUUCCUCCAACGCCACCUCAUCCGAAAGAGCCAAAAACACCAGCAGCAACAGCUGAGAAAUCAACACAGCGUAAUCCAGGGGUGUCAAACUCAUUUUUUUGGCGGGCCGCAUUGUAGUCAUAGCUUCUUUCGGAGGGCCAUUAUGACUGUCAACCCAAAUAAAUGU